AUGUCAAUUUAUGACCUCAAUCGAACGGGUCAAGUCAUUGUCGGACCUGGUGAAAAAUAUCAUACACUUUCGGAUAAUCUUGAAACCAGACUACCAGAAAUUUCAUUUAAACAGCAGGAUGCAGUUAGAAGAGCUGAAAAAUAUGCUAAGGAGCAAAGCAUCAAGAUGGUCUUGAAGAAACGAACCGUAGCUCAUCAACAGCAGAAGAAUAAAUUGGUCGUACCGCAGAAAGUAUUAUUGCUAAUGUGCGGGUUAAUGUCUCGUCACUCUUUUUUUCAUCAAUAUUAA